CCUCCCACAGAGCACAGUCCGGUCUCUCCCAGCACACAUCAGGACAGAGCAGGUUCUUCAGGCCUCCAGGAUGCUGGUCCCUGCCUCCUGGCCCCUCCCUCCUCCCUGCCUGCUGCUGACUCUGCUGCUGGGCCUCACAGGAGGCGCAGGUGAGGAGCUGCGGGUGAUUCAGCCUGACAAGUCAGUGGCAGUGGCAGCUGGAGAGACAGCCACUCUGAACUGCACCAUGACCUCCAUUUCCCCUGUGGGGCCUGUCAUGUGGUUCAGGGGGACAGGGCCAGGCCGGGAGUUAAUCUACAGUCUCAAAGGAGGCCACUCCCCCCGAGUAACAAGUGCUGCAGACACCACGAGGAUAAACAACACGGACUUUUCCAUCCUCAUCAGCGAUAUCACCCCAGCAGACACUGGCACCUACUACUGUGUGAAGUUCCGCAAAGCAGAGCCUGACAACGUGGAGCUCAAGUCUGGAGCAGGCACUUGGCUCACCGUGAGUGCCCAACCCUCUCCCCCCGUGGUGUCAGCCCCUGUGGGGAGGGCCACACCUGGGCAGACAGUGAGCUUCACCUGCGAGUCCCAUGGCUUCUCCCCCAAGAACAUCAUCCUGAGAUGGUUCAAAGACGGGAGUGAGCUCUCAGCCUCCCAGCCCACUGUGGACUCGGAGGGAGACAGCCCUCCCUACAACAUAUCCAGCACAGCCAGGGUGCGGCUGUCCCGGAGGGAUGUCAGCUCCCAGGUCAUCUGCCAGGUGGACCAUGUCACCCUGAAGGGGGGCCCUCCUCUUCGUGGGACUGCCAACCUGUCUGAGACCAUCCGAGUUCCGCCCACCUUGGACAUUACCCAACACACCGUGUCAGAGAAACAGGGGAACAUCUUCAUCUGCCAGGUGAAGAACUUCUACCCUCAGCACCUACAGCUGACCUGGUUGGAGAAUGGAAACAUGUCCCAAACAGAAACACCCUCAACCCGCACAGAGAACAAGGAUGGGACCUUCACCUGGGGGAGCUGGAUCCUGGUGAAUUCAUCUGCCCACGGGGAGGCCGUGGUGCUCACCUGUCUGGUGCAGCACGAUGGGCAGCCGGCCGUCAGCAGGAACCUCACCCUGGAGGUCUCCACUCAGCAGAAGGGCAAAGGCCCAGGAGUAUCUACUGAUGCCCUCGUAGGGGUCUUCAUAGGCUUCAAGGUGCUGCAGGUGGUUGGUGUCUCUGGCCUCUAUGUCCACAGGAAGUGGAGACCCUGACUGCGUGUCAGGAAGAGGACAGCAUGGAACACAGGAGACAUGCAGGGAACGCUUCUUGAAUGAUGAGCAGAUAAUUAAAUGAGAACGUGUUUCUGCAGCCCCAUCCUUCCUCCCCUGCUGCAUGCCACCCUCCAUCCCCGCAGUCUCCCUCCUUCCAGGAAACACUCAGCCUAAGGAAAAAAAAAUUGACUGAAAGUGUCACUGACUCUUCUUCAAAUGCCUCUCCCUGGAGCAGACUUGCUGUCCACAGGCCCCUAAUGCCACUUCUCACAGUCUGUGAUGCCCCCAGACCUGGGCCUUCAUCCAUGGUCCUCUCAGAAUCUCACACAGAACCCUGCAUGGUCACCUGUGCCGUUCUCUCUCACUCAUGACUUAAAUGUGGUUGGAA